AUGGAAAGAAUUGUUGAAUAUAAAAAAGGUGAAAUUGAAGAAAUAGAAACAACUCUUAUAAAUUACUUGUCAAAACCAAAUACUUUUCCAAAAGAAAAUAUUUAUAAUACAAUUAGAAAGAUAAUUGCUUAUACAACUUAUGGUAAUGAUAUGUCUUAUUUAUUUCCAAAAAUGAUAAUGGCUUUAGAAGUUGCAGAUAUUUUAUUAAAAAAGAUAAUAUAUUCUUAUAUAGUAACUUAUGCUAAAAAUUGUAAAUGUUUAAUUAUUUUAGACUAUAUCUAUAAAUAUAUUCCAUAGGAUCAAAAUGAAGUAUUCGAAAUAAUGAAUUUAUUAGAUAAUUAUUUAAAAUCUAAUAAUAUUCCUCAUGUCUUUAUGAUAAUGAAAAUAUUUAUUAAAUAUUCAGAAUUAUUUACUGAAUUGAAAGAUGCUAUACUAUUAAAUAUUAAAAAUAUUUUAAUUUCUUAUCUUUAUUCUACUAUAUAUUCAUUAAGAUGA